AUUGAUUAGACGAUGGUUAAACUUUGCUAGUGUCGUACGCGUUUUCCGUGCAGCUCCCGCAGAAGAGCCUGGUUUGAUAAAUAAAUUAUUGCUCCAUUUUUAAAGCAUAGUGUUCUGAUGAGAAGUGCUUCGGAACCCCGGUGCAUAGGGUACAAUCACUAAAGGUAUUUAUUUUGUUAUCUAGGAUAAUCCACGUUGUUUGAGUGAGUGACGGAAAAAAGAAUCGAGUUGUUUUCGGCAGAGGGUCAAUUCGCGGAAAUCCGGUGAGUAGUCGCUAUUCCGACACCGACGGGCCCCUGGCGAUGAACAACGAUUACCGCAUGGUUCCGACAGAGCCAAAGUGAAAUUCCGUGUAUUGUAUUCGAUAGAUAAAUACAGUAAACAGUGAGGAAACAGUGCUUGUUGAUAGUAGAAAUUAGCAAUCCAGAAAUUGAUCCUGUUGGAGCAUCAACAACAAACUACGGACAGAAAGCACGACACCAAAAUGGCUGGUGUUUUUGAUUUGGAGCUGCACGAUGAGGAAAACAUUCGUGACUCGGACGACGAUGUGAUUGAGGUCGAUGAUGUCGAUCUGGAGCCAGAGCUACACAUUCACAGUGACCUAGAUGCGGAAGGUUCGGAAACCAUCCCACUCUCGGAGGACAUUGUCAACCCGGGCCGGAUAAAGCUCGGUCCGCAGGACUUCGAGCUAAAGAAAGUGCUUGGAAAGGGUGGUUACGGAAAAGUCUUCCAAGUUAGAAAAACUACCGGUGCCGAUGCAAACUCCUACUUCGCCAUGAAGGUGCUGAAAAAGGCUUCGAUAGUUAGGAAUCAAAAAGACACAGCUCAUACACGUGCUGAGCGAAAUAUAUUAGAAGCAGUGCGGCAUCCAUUUAUAGUUGAAUUAGUGUACGCCUUUCAGACAGGUGGAAAAUUGUAUUUAAUACUAGAAUAUCUUAGCGGCGGGGAACUGUUUAUGCAUUUAGAGCGUGAAGGAAUCUUCCUGGAGGACACAACAUGUUUUUACCUGUGUGAAAUCAUCCUAGCGCUAGAGCAUUUGCACAAUCUCGGCAUCAUCUAUCGGGAUCUGAAACCGGAAAACGUACUGCUAGAUGCCCAAGGUCAUGUAAAACUGACUGAUUUCGGCUUAUGCAAGGAGCACAUCCAGGAAGGAAUCGUGACGCACACAUUUUGUGGUACAAUUGAAUAUAUGGCACCAGAAAUUCUGACGAGAAGUGGUCACGGUAAAGCUGUUGACUGGUGGUCACUGGGUGCUUUAAUGUUCGACAUGUUAACGGGAAUGCCUCCUUUCACAGCCGACAACCGCAAAAACACAAUCGAUGCAAUUCUGAAGGGUAAACUUAACAUCCCCGCUUAUCUUGCAACCGACUCGCGCGAUCUCAUUCGAAGGCUUAUGAAGCGACAAGUGUCACAACGUCUCGGUAGCGGACCCACAGAUGGACAAGCGGUGCGUGUGCAUUCCUUCUUCAAGAACGUGAAUUGGGAUGACGUGCUGGCUAGGCGAUUGGAUCCCCCAAUCAAGCCUGUUUUGCGAAGUGAGGAUGACGUUUCGCAGUUUGACACCAAAUUCACCAAACAAAUACCGGUCGACUCGCCAGACGAUUCUACGUUAAGCGAAAGUGCCAAUUUAAUCUUUCAAGGGUUCACCUACGUUGCACCAUCGGUGCUGGAAGAAAUGCAGCAGCCCCGCGUAGUGACGGCACGUUCGCCGCGCCGAACUCCGCGCCAACACCACACCCACUCUCAUCACCAUCUGAGCAGUCAAAGUAGUCAUCAUCAUGCACACGCGGUCCACAAUCGACUGAUGGAGAAUGGUGCAAUUACCCUAGCAGAUGAACAAAUGCUCAGUAUGCCACGGUCACAGUCCAUCGCCGGACACAGCAGCAAUCAUCAAUCGGUACCACAUCAUCUGGUGUUCCAGACGCAGCACCCCCAGCCGCCACAACCUCAUCAGCUUCCACCUCAGCAGAUACAACCGCAGCCGACGGCGAGGAGUACACAGUUCUUAACCGGUCCCAUCAGCCACCCGGCUAAUGCUCGACACACGCCGGCACAUUUGCAGCCAUUCGCUCCACGGCCUUCUCCCCAAGACGAAAUGAUGGAGGUGUAUCCCGAGCUGCCGAUUUCAUAGCCUAGGAUGGAAUACAACAAUUUUAGAAGAUUUAUAAUCUAACAAAAUACCAGUAGUUUAAAUUCUCCCAAUUCAAGCAAGCAGAAUACAAGCAAAAAUCACAGUUGCAAUCAACAUCCGUUUUUUUUUUACGUUAACCUCAUCAGGUCACGAAUGUUCUUAUCGAUCCUGAGACAGUCAUAUUCCGGUACGUACGUUUAGAGCUAUAAUGAGGUUGACAAGAGUUUGUUAUAUACAGAGGCGCAGAAUAUUAUGGAACUGGAAGUGGAAAUAUUUGAAUAGGCUAUAUUUUACGUGAUUGACCAUUAUUGAAAGCGUAACAAAAACACGAACACAGCAACAGGAUUGUAGAGGAAAUAUAAAGUUAUUUGCAUCAAAGCACAGCACUAUGUAGAGAUCGUGGACGAACAGAACUCAACUCAACAGCGCAAUGUUGUGAGUUUAGAUUGAAAUAGUACAUUAUUACCCCGGAUCGUAUGCGUGUGUUGCUACUGGAUGUAAAACGGAACAAAUGGGCUAAUAAAGAAUGAUAAAAUUUCAAGUUCAAUAAGUGAUCGUCGUUUUGGAAAUGCUCCGAAAUUAAAGCAAACGAAGAAAUUGAGGUGUGUCUACUAAACUGUAUUAACACUUGACAAUUCAAGGAAUAUGAUUUAUGUCCAGUCUGAUAAUCAACUCUGAUAUAGAAUAAAAGAAUAAAGUGUAUGAAAUUGUUAAACAAAAACUUUUACGAGUGUGUGAAUUUGUAGCGUUACCGCAAGAAAAAAAAAAAGCAAAGAAAUCGAGUUUCAACAUAAUUCUGAAGGAAGAAAAAAAAACAUACCUUAUAUGAAGCAACAAACAACACUGUCAAGUAAAACAUUCAUUUUGUGUGUUUAUUUGUCUGUCAGUUGUUUUAUUUUUAUUUUUUAGUAGUCCUUAUAAAAUUUUGUGCGACGUUCCGCCGUUUGUUCCUGUAUGGGUGGAGAUGAAAUACUACAUCUAGCAAACAUAAGUUCCUCAAAACAGACGCGCACCGCCUCGCCGGUGAAUAGCAACAGAGCAGAACGUUGGCUAAUCUAUAAUUAAUAAUCUAACGAUAACAUUUAGCGAAAACAAAACAAAAAAUUGGAAACGAAGAACUCAUCAAAAAUUAACACACCACAAGAGUAAAUUACUUAGUAAAGGCAAAACUCACCUAUUAAAAUGGGCACGAUUGAGAUUUUGUUUUUGUUUAGAACCAAUGCAACCGAAAGAGAGGGUAGGAGAAGAAAACAAGAAAAAGUGAAACAAUAUAGAUGAAGGGUUUAUUUUUGUUGACGAACCACAAUCCUAAUAGCAGAAAAACCAUGAAGAUGAAUCCACGCGUGAGUAGUGAGACGCAACAAAGUCGGAAAAAGGAGCAAGUUUGUAUAGUUAGAUGUCCUAGCAAUGUAACCUUCUUUAGCCAAAUAUCCCUCCAAAAAGUGAAAAUAAUAGUAAUUUUAAUCACUUUUGCUCGACGAUGACUUGAAAUGGUUGGAGUAAGGUGUACUAUUUGAAGCAAUUGAGCAAUUGAGAAACGGAAGAAACAAAAGUGGGAAAUGACCAAUAGUUUAAAUUUUCAAUAGACCUAACCGGUUGAAUGUACACAAAAGAAUCAAUUGAAACUAACUUAAUUUAAAUGUAAUUCUUUACCAAUAGACAAAUAGAACAAAGUCUUAUUUUUUUAAGAUUCUGUUUUACUGAAGUUAGACAAAUCUGAAUGAAUCAUAGUCAAACUCAAUAGCAGAAAGUGAAAAUGCAAUAGCCUAAACAAAAGUGAACAAACUAAUUUGACUGAUUUUACGGUAACUCUCAACCUUUAGGCUGUAAGUCGAACCACAAAGGCAAAACGAACCGUGCGCCAUUGGCACUCACGGUGAUUUUGUUUGUACAAUAAUAGAUCAGAUAUAUAGAAGAAAAGAAAUACUUUAUAUGUAUAGGGCAAAUUUGUACCAGCCGACCUUUACUUUCACCUCUCCCGUCUUUCUUCCACGCCACUGUACGCUCCUUACUUGCUCAACCCUUACACUAAUGAUAUCGACACCGAUCAACGAUCAUUGAAGCCUGAAUCUUUUCCAGUGCACUGCAAUCAUAGGUUGUGGGUAGGCGAUCGGUUUAAUGCCUUUUCCCACCACCUCGUACUGAAAUAAGUAACCAUUGCAAGCGUUAUCUCGCUUUCGAUCAACGAUCUUACUGCCAUUUUUUUGCUGCUCUGAUUCCGGUAGCUAGACAUUUUUGAAAUAUUUUUAUUGUAGGCGCGACUGGGAUGUGUGUAGAUACAUCUUACGCUGUUACGUCGUGACAAUGAUUACCUAAACUUCAGCGAUGGCAAUAGUGAAAAUCGAGACAGGAAAACGCAUGUGAGAAGGCCUAACCAAACUAUGAUUGUUCGAGCAUGUAAAGUUACUAGCUUGUAGGAAAUUUAAGGAAACAAUCGCAGAAGGAAAGAACAACAACUUUACGCGAGGAUAAUGGCUUUUUGUUUCUGAUAUAGUUUUCCAAUUUUUAAAUUAUCUGAAAUUACCUACUUAUGUAUGUAUGUAUGUAUGUAGAAACAGAGGGAAGAAAAUGAAAUCUAGGUUUUAGUGCAAACUAAUCAAAUUUAUGAAACAAAUGUGACGAGAAAGAGCAAGUGGAAGAAUGUGAAAAGAACAGCUUGAAGAUUUGAAAUUUGAA